AUGUUUGGCAAUGGUUUGACAGGAGUUGUGUUGAGCGCUGGGAAGGGCUCACGAAUGGCUGAACUGACCGCCAAUUGGCCCAAAGGUCUGCUUCCCGUCGCCAACAAACCACUCAUCUAUUAUCCAUUGGAAGCGCUCAUCAAAGCCGGCUUUCAAGGCAUGUCUUCACCACAUAUUGUCUCAUAUCAUGUGAUUUAUGUCUUAACGUAUUACCUGAUGAACAAAGCGCUCAACGAAUUGAAACUCGAUAUCCGAAUCGAUUUGGUGUCCAUUCCUUACAAUCGCGACUUCGGAACCGCUGAUAGUCUUCGGCUCAUCAAAGAUAAGAUCAAAAACGACGUCCUUGUGUUGAGUUGUGACACAAUCACUGACUUUCCCCUUAAGAGACUCAUCGACUUCUAUCGGAUCCAUAAUCCGACUCUUUUGGCACUGAUUUCGUCGAUUCCGUAUAACAACGAAAACUCAAUUCCCGGCCGAAAAGGUCGCGAAAAGAUUGAGAAAGAUUUGAUUGGAAUCGACGCCCAAAAUGGCGAUCGACUCGUCUUCAUGAGCUCUGAAGCAGAUUUUGACGAAAGUGUUUCGUUCAGCGUUUCGAUGCUUAAGAAAUGUCCGCAAAUGACUAUCAAAAGCAAUUUACUGGACGCUCACAUAUAUCUUCUCAAGAAGUGGACACUUCGCUACUUAGAGGAGAAUACUCAGAUAUCUUCACUUAAGGGCGAGUUUUUGCCAUCACUUGUGAGGAAACAAUUUCGAAGAGAAGUGAAAACAACGUUAAACAAGACGAACACCAAUCCGUCGUCUAUCAUAUCGAUGUCAGCCCUUCCGCACCGACAGAUAUUUGACUUCAUUGAGACCAAUGAUAUAGAGUUAGGCCUCCGACGACUGGAGCCCAAUAUGGCCAGCGAUGACCUCAACGCGGAGUCACUGAUACACCAAAUGCCUAAUAGUUAUCCCGAAAGCAAAAUCACAUGUUUUGCCUAUCGAUUAGAUGAGGGCUAUUGUGUUCGGGCGAACACAGUGUCCGGUUAUUGUGAGGCCAAUCGCAUACAAUUGAGACAAAUGAACGCUUCCGACCGCAAGACAGUUAAACACCAAAACUCUAUCAAAUCACAGGUCGACGCCAUCACCGGUAACGUGAAGGCGAUCGGCGAGAAGUGUUUAAUCAAA